GUGAAGUCUGAUGCAGCUGGACAUUUUUGCUCCUUAUUUCUAAAGGAUCAAAUUCAUGAUAAGGAUCCUAGUAUUCUUACACCCUCACGUUAGAAUCAGUAAUAGAUUCUGCCACUCCUCGAUAAUUAUAAGCUUGGGGUAAUGCUUGAUGUCAAGAUGAAGGAGGCGUGUCGCAUCUGUGGACGGGAGCUCUGCGGUAACCAGAGGCGAUGGAUCUUCCACCCCACUGCCAAGCUCAACCUGCAGGUGCUGCUGUCUCACGCUCUGGGCCAGGAGCUGACCCGAGAUGGCAGGGGAGAGUUUGCCUGCUCCAAGUGCAUCUUCAUGCUGGACCGCAUGUACCGCUUUGACACAGUCAUCGCCAGGGUGGAGGCCCUGUCCAUCGAAAGGUUGCAGCGGCUCCUGCAGGAGAAACAUCGGCUGAGGCAGUGUAUCGGUGGGCUCUACCGGAAAACCAAUUCAGAGGAGGGAGCUGUAACAAUAACUGGACCCAAUGAAGGACAAGGAGAUGGGAUGGUGGAUAUUUCAGGUCUUACCCAUGCUAAGUACUGCGCCCUGCUCCAGGACGAUCUGGUCUACUCUUUGUAUGAGUCUUGGGCAGAAGAUGGCCUGGACUGCCAGCAUCACCACCACCCUCAGUGUCCUGCUGGUCCAGGGUCAGAGGUCACAGGCUCCCACCGCUGUGCACCCAGCACUCCCAGGCGGUGUCGGGGAUGUUCCCACUGGCGGGUGGCUGACUCUGACUAUGAAGCUGUCUGUAAGGUGCCCAGAAAGUUGGCACGGAGUAUCUCUUGCGGACCGUCAACCAGGUAUUCAGCCAGCGUUAUUGGAGGGAGCGUGACUGGAGGAGGUGGUGAAGGAGAGAGAAAAAUUGUGGAUGAUUCAGAAGAACCCCCCUCCUCUUUAACUCUGGUCCCUGGAUCUCAGGACCCAUCGAGGACAUCUGACAGCGAUCGCACGCUGGCCGGACGAGCUAGCUCCAGCCCCUCUGUCGCAUCCUUGGAGACAGCUGAGGAAUACAUGCAGCCUGGAGCAAUAACAGAUGGACCACUGAGCUCCCCCCGGGAAGCGAUAGAAGACCGGAUAUCUGACUCCCUGUCUGAGGAGCACAUGGGAACCCCACAUGGCCAAGCGUCACCUGCACCCAGCCUCUCUCUGGCCCUCUGUUUGCUCCAAAGCUACGCCGUGUACAGACCCGUCCGAAGCAACAAGGGGAGCAAGCUACCAGUCUUGCACCGACAGAGCUCCCGUAAUGGAGGCUCGAGGCUGGCCUUCCCUGAUCCUGUUCUGGGGCUGCCUUAUGAUACCCCAUAUGUCGAAAGAGACAACCACGUGCCAACACCUGAGCUCGAGACCCCUCUGAUCAGGCUGGAUGUUGGGGUGGACCACGAUCUGAACAUGGCUGACAUGGAGGAUUAUUUGGAAGAUUUGUACAAAGAGUAUCCUCCCCCACCUCCCCACCAGAGCCUCGUCGAAGAGCAGCAGAGUCAACUGAACCAGUAUGAGUGUGCGGCUGGUCAGUGUGUCAGCGAGCUGCAGAAGGCCCAGCUUCAGGUGCAGUCUUUGCAGGCCAAAAUCCAUGAGAGCGAGGCCAACAAUAUGAAGCUGCAGGAGAAGCUGAAUGAGAUGGAGUGUGAGCUGCGUUCACUCCGUGAGGCUGCUCAGAGCCAGGAGAGAACCAUUCAGGGCCUCACUGAGUCCAUUAGCACCAAAGACAGUGAGGCCCAGGAGCUGUACCAGCUGAUUGAAGGGCAGAACACCACACUGUGUAAGCUGCAAGAAUUGGCACAUCGCAACCAGCUUUCUCAAUGCAAGCCUCCAGUGGGAGUGAGUGAGUCCUUGUCGCUCGCUCAGCUGCAAGGCGAGCUGGUGGCAGUGCAGAGCUCCCUGUUCUCCCUCGGCCUGGAGCUGGAGGCCAGCCAGAGGAGUCUGAGACAGAGCCAGAGACAAGGAGACGACCUGUUGAGGUUUAAAGACAGACUCAACUCUGAUCUGCAGGAGGCGCUACAGCACAGGGAGGUCACCGAAAAACACAACCAGGACCUGCGCUGCACCCUGCAGAAAAUCCGCUCUGAGCUUCAGGCUAAAGAAGCAGCUCUGAAGGAGAGCGAGGAUGAGAAACACACUGUGGUACAGGAAAAAGACAGCAGCAUCGCACAGCUCAAACGCUCUCUGCAGGACAAGGAGCAACAGUUACAGGAGUACUCAGACAUGUUGGAGUCAGCAGGAAGCUCCAAAUCAAGAGAUGCCCUGCUGGAGAAACUAAGGGAGCGUAUUAAAGACCGAGACAGAGCUCUGGAGCGCUCCAUCGAUGAAAAGUUCCACUGUCUGGAGGAACAUGAGGGGCAGGUGAGGACGCUGCAACUGGCCCUUCGGGAAAAGGAGCGAGACCUGGAGAGACUACGCUGCAUUCUGUCCAACAAUGAGGAGACCAUCACGAGCCUGGAUGGUUUGGGGCGAGGCAAAGAGCUGGAGCUGGAGCAGGCAGCAGAGGCCUACAGGAACCUCCAGUGGCUGAAACAGCAGGCUGAAGAGAAGGAGAGAAGCACUCUGAGAGAGAAAGACGGCAUCAUUAACCAGCUACAGGCAGCUCUGCAGACACGCAGUCAAGAGACACAGGAUCUGACAGCCGCCCUUGUUGCCAGAGUUCAGGCCAGUCCCUCUGAGGUUGUAGAGGAGCUGAAGGCUCGGCUGGCUCUGAAAGAGAAGCUCUUCCAGGAGCUGCUGUCAGAUCGCAGCCGCCAGUCUAAUGAACACCAAGCACAGCUCCACGAUCUGCUCAAUACUCUCAGCUCCAAAGAUCAGUAUCUGCAGGACUACUCCUACAGGCUUUCCUUAGUAAUUAAUGAGCGGACAGGACAGCUGCAGGAGCUCCGCAGACAGCUGUCACUGAAAGAGCAGGAACUGAGUGAACUGAGACGGGACAAGGAGAGAGAGACAGAAGGAGAGGCGGAGAACCUGCGAUGUCUGCUCAAAGAGAAGGAAGCAUUUAUCAAGGAGCUGAUGCAGGCCCAGGAAGAGGCCAUGCAGCCGCUUUCAAAGGAGUAUGAGGCAGAGAUGAAGACUCUGAAGGAGGAGAUGCAGCUGGUGCUGAAGAAGGAGAUAGAGGCUCAGAAAGAAAUCUCUGCUCUGCGUUUAUCUUUAACUCAGUCGGAGGGAGUUGCCAAAAAAGACAGCACUGAUUACCAAUGUGUGCUGGAGCAGCUAGUGUCAGAGUACAACAAGCUGAAUGAGGCCCUGAGGGCAGAGAAGAGAUUAUACCAAAAUCUCACUCACAUUCACAAGAGUGACAGCAGCUCAGAGAAGACCCAGGCCCUCCACACUGAACUAGAUUCAGUUCAGGCACUCCGUGGGCAGCUGGAGGAGGUCCUGGCCAGGACCCGUAACAUGACCCUGGUGCUGGAAAGGGCAGCUAAAAGGCAGACUGACUUUGGAGAGCUCAGCACAGAGGAAGAUGAGGAGGAGGAGGGAGACGAUGAAGAUGGCAGCAGUGACGAGUUCACAGACAGCAUAGAGGAGGAUGACGACAACGUGACGACCAGAAGCUUGACCACAGUUCAGACGCCUAUGAAGGCUCGUGGAAUUAAUAGUGUUACCGGACAGCUGGGGAGGGGGCUCUUGUCCCAGAGAGCUGAUGUAAAGCAGCUUGAAGAAGCAAAGAAGAGACUUGAAGUUGAGCUUGAAGAAGUAAAGUCCCAACUGGAGAGGGAUGGAUACACCUCUGUGGCUCAGAUGAGGAGCGCCCUGCAGAGGCUGCAGCAGGAGAACCAGACUUUAAAAGAACACCAGGCACGAGCUGGAGAGAAGAAUCACCGGAGUCUGAAGUCUGAGUCUGAGGAAGAAGAUGAAGGGGAAGAAGAAGAAGAAGAGGAGGGCAUUGAGGAUGAAGAUGAGGAAGUAGAAACAACUCCGAUGCCGGUGGGGAAGCGAGGUGCUCCUAGUGUUACUCUGAACGAGGAAUCGGGGAAGAGGCACUGCACGAGGCCAAACUCUCUAGAUCUGGGCACACGGAACUCACACCAUCACACACACCAUCUUCAGACGGAAGAGGGACCUUCCAGCAGUGAGGUGGGAGCGCUGUGGCAGGAUAUAGAGGAGGGUGUCCGUGAGCAGGCAACUCGUCUUCGGUCUGAUCUGGCUCUGAGCCACCAGGAGAACAGAGAGCUGCAGGAGAGACUGAUGGUGUCUGAGGCUACAGUCCACGCUCAGGCUGAACAGCUGAAGGACUACAGGGAUCUGCUCACGGAGACGUCUGUCCAACAGGCCAAUAAGCAGGUGCAGGUGGAUCUGCAGGAUCUGGGUUAUGAGACUUGUGGCCGCAGUGAAAACGAAGCUGAGAGAGAAGACACCAGCAGCCCAGAGUUUGACGACUUGGAGAUGUGCACAUCACUGUCCCAUCAUCAGGACUGUGACGGUGGAGGUUGGUACGCUGGAAACUGCAGCGGUAACAGAGGUGCUUAUGAAAUGGGCGAUGAGUCAGCUUCUCUCCAGCAUCUGGUCCAGGAUCUCCGCUCACAGCUGACCCGCUGCCACAAAGUGAUCCGUGGACUGCAGCUACGUGUUCGUUCCUUGUCUGCCACCAGCGACUAUGCCUCCAGCCUGGAGCGGACACCACGCAAAGUAAACUGGGCAUUUGAAAGAUCACCAGCCCCCAGCGGUGUGGAAGAGGAUGAAGGUUGGAUGUCUGACAACCAAGGGAUUCGCUCAGGGUCGAAGCCCAGCAGGGAGUUGAAAGAACUGAUGGAACGAGUUGCGUCACUGGAGGCUCAGUUGAAGAGCACCAGGCUGGAGGGUAAAGGCCAAGCCGAAGAGGGAAAAUGUGCCACCUGGCCCGGGAAGUACAACACUCUGAUCCAGGCACAAGCUCGUGAGCUUUCCCACCUGAGGCAGAGGAUGAGAGAAGGGCAAGGAGUCUGUCACAUCCUGACCCAACACCUGGGAGACACCACCAAGGCUUUCGAGGAGCUCCUGCGGGCCAAUGACAUUGAUUACUACAUGGGUCAGAGCUUUAGAGAACAGCUGGCACAGAGCACUGCACUGGCACAGAGAGUGGUCACCAAGAUUAGUGGACGAGAACGUACAGAGAGCCAUGAUGACAAGACAGACCAUGAGCUGCUUGCCUUAAGGUUGAGUAAGGAGUUACAACAGAAAGAUAAAAUCAUUGAGUCGCUCCACACUAAGCUGCAGCAGCGUCCUGAGACCCCGUCCAGCUGCCACGCUCUCUCUGAGACGACCGACCAAUCAGACAGGACCUCCCUGGUCUCUGACGAAUACCAGACCAAUGAGGACUUGGAGCUGUGCUCGGAUUUAGAUGCCAGAGAAUAUCAUGAGGAGCACCGGCUGCGGCAGACAGGACUUGGAUCAGAACCAGAUGUCUGUCCAUUUGUCCCUCCUCCUCCUCAUCGCCUCCUCAAGUCUUCCAGCAGUUGUCCCAACAUGCUUUGCUCAGCCACUGUGUCUCUGACCAGUCCGUCCUCCAGAGCCCUUCUCAGUGCACCUGUCUCCUCCCUCUCUGUCCCCUCUGGCCCUGACGUCUGGGGUUACGAAGUCACUUCUGACCCCCGGCCCAGGGCCCUGUCUGUGAUCGCUGUUCGCCCAGAGCUGGACACGCUAUACAAACAGAUGAAUGAGCAGAACAGGGGCUUUACAGUCCCCCAUGACAAGACACUGUUCACCGUCACACCUGGUGGCCACAACCAGCAUGACCUCUCAAGCUACAGCCAGCUAUCCCAUCAUGCCUUUCAACAAUACCAGCUGGGUGGCAUCCCUGAAGGCCACUCGUUGAACUCUGACUCAGGUCUGAUGACAGGAGGGCCUUUGUGGGAUGUGGAGAACUUGGUUCAGCCAGCUGGAGGCUAUUCUGGAUCAUCUGGGCACCAACCAGGGAGCAGCCAAGCAGGGGUAAAUUUGAUAGAGGAGCACCUACAGGAGGUGAGGUGUCUCCGUCAGCGCCUGGAGGAGUCCAUUAGGACCAAUGAGAGACUCCGACAGCAGCUGGAACAGAAACUGGCCACCACUGGGCGUGAUGGAGGGGCCCCAACAAACAUCUAUAUUCAGGGCCUGGACACAGUCAGUCAACUGUCCAAUGAGAUCAGAGUCCUGAAGGAGGAAAAUCUGGGUCUACAGUCACGGCUGCAAGCCAGCACAGUCUCUCCAUUUCCCUUAGACACUAAUGAGGAGGUGGUGCAGCUGCGGGAGGCCGUCUUCACCGCCCGGGCACGACUGAAGCAAUCAGAGCUGGAAGCUGAGCAGUGGAAGGAAGAGCUAAGACGUCUUCAGACUCACAGUCAGGAACAAGGGCAGCAGAUUCACACACUGAGGCAGGAAAGACAGGCUGGUCAGGAGAAAACCAACAGGCUCCAGCAUGAGGUGUCUCUGCUGCAGCAGCAGCUGUGUGAGAGCAGAGAACUCAUCCACUCUCUGCAGAGCGAACUGCACGUUUAUGAUCGAGUGUGUUCCAGCACAAAGGCCAACAAAGGGUAUCUGUGUGAGGUCCCAGGUCUACCGGUGGAGCUGGGAGAGCUGCUGGGGGAGGUGAGGAGUCUGCGGGCCCAGCUGCAGAACAGCGUCCAGGAGAACAGCGCCCUCAAACAGCUGGAGCUCCAUAAACAGCUGGAACAGAAGCUGGGUGGCGGGUCGCCUCGGACUCCUUCUCUCUCCGCCCUCACUGCCAGUCCUCAGAGAGAAAACUUCUACAGGCGACAGCUGCUUCAUGACCCAGCUCCAUCUCCACCAGUCCGGGACAUUGGUCUGUUUAACUGUGGAUCUCCUGGUCCUCCCUACUCAGACCUGGAUGACAGCCAUAGCACUGCCAAUGACCCUCUUGACCCGCACUCUGAACUAGAGGGAGAGGCCCCUGACGGAUCCUUUGCGAACCGUAAUGGUCGCCACGCCAUCGGUCAUGUGGAUGAUUUCAGUGCUCUGCAGCAGCAGGUCCUAGAAGGCCGGAGUCUUGUCCAGCGCAUGGAGGCAACCCUGCAGACCUGCCUCGGCCCACCACUGCUGGAGGACAGUCAGAGACAGAGCAGCGAGCUGGUUCUGGACUAUGCAUGUGUGAAGAGUCUUGUGUCCAACACCAAGACUCUGAGGCAGAUCCUGGAGGAGGCGAUGUCUCUGCUGAAGAUGUUCUGGAGAGCAGCUCUUCCGAGCACUGAUCCUUCCAUCCAAAACCUUAAGAAGGAGCAGUGUAUGCAAGAGGAGAUCUUGUCGCUGAAACUGCGUAUUUCUGAGCAGGAAGAGGUUCUUAAAGGGACGAUACAAAGACUGAGGAGCACCAGCCGCACCAAGGAGAGCAUGGAGCACUUCAUAGUCAACCAGCUGUCAAGGACUCGUGAUGUGCUGAAAAAAGCAAGGACAAAUUUAGAGAAGAAUGAGCUGAGACUUUCCUCUCUUAGCUCCUCCUCUUCCUCUCCUUAUGCUGCUGAGGAACCCGGGGGUGCUGCAAGAGAGCGGCCUGCUGAUCACAGUUUCCUGAAGACCAGCGGUGCUUUUGGAGUCGCUGGAGCUGCAGCCAAUCAGCGUCCAGCAGCUAGGAAGCGCAGCAGCCAAUGCCUGCUUUAGACUUUUAAAGAACCAGCCUCAACGCUACCACCUCUGACCUCUCUGCUGAAACAGCCAAGACUGACCCUCCUUCCCGUCCCUCACACCAGCCUCCCCCUUUCCCAUCCAACGUCCCCAAGCUUCACCUGUAACUCUGUUCCACCCUUCCCUCCUCCAGGCAAUAUGUGCACAGUAUAAUCUGCACCUUGAGCCUUACCAACCCCCAACACUCUCUCACCUGUUUGUGACUCUCUCUCCCCCACCGCCACACUUAUUAUUGUCUUUGAGUGAUUGUCAGCAGUUUGCCUUGUCAUGUGUGUGACAGAAGAAGGUAUCUGAAAUGUGCCUCUGGUGGUUUCAGUGAUGAGUGUCCUACUGAUGGAACUGGUUGAAGAUGCCUUUAGACGCAGAUCUAAGACUAGUAGGUUUGGAGUUUUUAUUACAGAAGCGCAUAGGUUGUAUUUUUAGACGUUUGGACGAAAAAGUAACGUUGGAAACUUUAAACGUGCUUUAAAAAUUCAACCAAAAUUUCUCGAUUACAGCCCUUCAUCUGUAUCUAAGGGCAUCCUCUCCUGAGAACCAGACAGCCUGUGGACGGAAAAGAUGUUCAUGCAUGUUGAAAAUGGUAUGUGAAAGGAAUUCUGCACACAUGUACAUACAAAUACAUGUGUGUGAUCGAGCACAGCUCACUCAAAGACAGUCUCAACUUUGACUGCCACAGGAUUGCAAGUUUACUUUUCGUGGCCCUUUUAUUAACAAAGACAUCUUUUUGCAAAUGCAAUGCAAAGAAACCGACACCUACCAACAAUUACACACAGUGGAGGAAUGUACAGUAGGUAGGUGAUCACUGCUAAGUAGUCGUGCACUAGCUAUAUCUGUAAUUGUGGAGGGAGGCGUUUGGAUGAGCCAUUAGCCAAGGGUUAUUUAUAGCAGACAAAAAAGCCAGAGAAAGGUUCCAUUAAAGUCACAAGCCUCCUCUUUUAGGUCCCAAAGGAUGCUUUAUUGGCAUCAAACUACAAACUUAAAUUAAAGAGAUAGAAGCUGGGUCUAUCAGUGUGGUUGAUUUUGAUUUACAAGCUUUGUGUUCACAACAAUAUGUACAAAGAGGUUCAAGUACUCAAAUGGAACCAGACUAAACACGCGUACUCACUCCUCUGUAGGAGUUCUCAUACGAGCAUGUGCAAUAAUGAUGUUUCUUGAAUGCUGCACCGGGUUAUUAUUUCUUUGCGUGACACUGGAUUAUUAUUCACACUCAUACUAAUGUUAAGACACAACCAGUGUUACGGUUGUAUUUUUUUCUUGAGUGUUGAUGCAUGACAGAGAUUGUAAAAUGGUAAAAUCUAAACUAUGGAACAGAGGAGUGCCAAGACUUGCCAAAGUUUGAACUUUGAACUCUCUGACUUGCCUUAUCCAUGCGAAUGACAAAACCCUGGUCGGAUCAGACCGCAGGGUUACCAUGGUGUCUUUUUUAAAGGCCCUUUAGAACCACAGAGACGGUAACCGUUAGACAGCUGGUUCAGUUUAUUUAAAGUGCGACAGUAAUUAGCUCCUUUUUUUGGACCAAAACUCUGCAAAGUGGAUUUUUCCCACAGUGCCAUAUGCUAGUGUCUUUUUGUUAUUUCUCUUGGUUCAGGCCAUCUCAGCAUUCCCAUGGCAAUGGCAAUAUGGAUUAUUAAGUUCGUACAGAUGAUACAAACUUUGGCAGGUUGCUGGUUGGGUUAUCGUUCCAUAUUUCACUCAUUUAGGGCAGAUCAACCUUACAGUUAGUGUGUGUUUUCUUGCUGUACAUUUGCCUUUUUUUUUGCUGUAAAUAACCUGCUUUUCUGUAUGAACUUCACUUGUGUGAGUGUGUGUGUCUAUGUGUGUGAAAACAUCCAACAUUUGCUUUUUGCAAAGUUGAUUAUCUGGGUAGCUGUGCAAUAGCUUGAUAUCUUUUAUUUUGAUGUUAAACAUCAUUGUAUUAUGAGUACAUUUGCUUCAUUCACGUCCUGCUGUGUAUGAUUUAUAUGCAGUGUAUGUUAGAGGAAUUUGUCACUUUGAAUCAAUUAGUCACAUAGACUGAUAAGUAAACACAAACUAUGCCUUCAUCAUAUUUAAGACACUGAUAACAUCAUCCACCCAUAACAAAGCUCUGAUUAGUAUUUGCUUCGCUUGCCUUUAAAUUUAGCUGGAGAGCCUCUUCAGUCUGCUCUCAGUGGUAGAAAUGGCCUUGAACAAGCGUCUACCUGAGUUCUGCCAAAUUAGGUUUUGUUUGCGCUUCAGUCUUCAGAAAAGGACGAAAGUUGCCAAGUAUUUCGAUAAGAGUAAAAAGUUAAAGGGGAAAUUUUUAAGGAAAUUGUGUACUAUAAACAAAAAGCUAAUGACUGGAAAGAUUGUGAAACGUUCAAUUCACAGAGCACCUUGUUAGAGCGUAAACAAAGCCUUUCUGCUAUUUGUAUUUAAGAAGGGAAUCAAACGUCGGUUUGAACCAACGUAUUGCUGACUUGCAUAUGUAUAUAGUGCUAUCAGAUUGGUGCAGCUUUUUUUCUGAGUUUGUGCAUAAUGAACUAGAAAGCCGAUACAGGACUCAUAUGGAUCCUGUCUCUGAUGACAGCUAACAGUGUGUUGUGUUGGCAAAAGUAUUAUCAGUGAAGGAUUUUGAGAAUGAAUUAAUAAAACACUUCAAAUGA